AUCUUGGUUUCCCCAUUACGUUUCCAAAUUCCAUGUACAACCACUUUAUCUCUACUUGUAACCAUCGACUAUCCAUAUUUUUGCUUUUCAUUUUUCUCGCUUGACGCUGAUACUUGUUCUUCGGCUCCACGCUAAAUCAACAGCUCCGGCAACAGUAAAAUCGACGUAUCUUUACGAUUUCAUUUGGUUCCCAUCGCCCCGGUAAUAUGCUGCAUAGCCCUUCUUCUACGGUGGCGCCAAUAACUAGAUAUGUCUAAGUUAUUGAUGACGACGGGUUUCAGAGCUUCUUCGGGAAUCAGCAAGAGGAAAUCCACAUCUUUGUUCUGGAGAACUACCUGCUCUGAAACUAUUUAUCUCAAUGGCCUUCAGCUAGAUCUCCAUAUACUAGAUUGUGGACGUAUCAUCCACCUAAAUGUAAGGGUUGAACGUGUUCCAUAUAAGAAUCUCAUAACAAAAGAUUGUGGACGUAUCAUCCACCUAAAUGUAAGGGUUGAACGUGUUCCAUAUAAGAAUCUCAUAACAAAAGGCAAUAAGCACCCAGUAUAGUUGGAAGACUUAGAAUAGUUUGUAAUAGUGCUUUUGUACUUCAGUUUAUGUUUGUAUAAAAUUACAAUAUCCUGGGUAGUUAUGUAAAAUCUUAAAACAUAGUCGGUUUGUAUCCAAUCUUUUGUAAUCACUUUAUCAAUGUAAGAUAAUGUUUUAUAAAUAUGCAUGUAGCAUGUUUUGGAG